AUGGCUGACGAGGAAGCCUCUGCUGUCCCUGGGGGAUCCAAGGGCGGCACAGCUGCGCUAGCAGAUGUCAGUGUCCUGUGCACAGCCAUGAUUGAUGCGGGAUUUCUGGAAAACAUGGAGGAGCCUCAUUGCAAGCGGGCAAAGAUGCCAGCCAUGAUCGGCUGCUCCUUCGUGGUCAACAGGAAGUUCUUUGGUGAAACUGGUCUUCUGGACCCUGGGAUGGAUGUGUACAGAGGAGAAAACAUCGAACUUGGAAUCAAGGGGUGUGAGUUCUUGUUCUGCGAGUUUCUCAGGCCAGCAGAAGGGUUGGGUCCGGGUCCUGCCGACGUAAAGUGUCCUCAGGUCACAGCAGAGGAGGCUCAGGAGAGCCAGGCGUCAAGGAGACAGGCCGACCAGGAGGACAGGAGCCCUGCCUAUGCAUCCCCAUCCCCGUCACCCAACUCCAGCCCACACUCCUGUUUUCUGCCCCCAGGGAAAGUCGCGAUGCCUUAUUGUGACAAGAGUCAGCUCUGCGAGCUUGAGGAAGACCUUCGGGCCCAAAGAGAGGCACCAGCCCUGGUGGGUGCGCAGGUUCCUGGUGAUGAGGAAGACAUGGAGGUGUUCACCCCCUCUUCUUCUUCCUCCAACUCCUCUGCCUCCACCUCUCCUCUGAUCCCGGGCACCCCGGAGGACGUGCCUACUGCUGGAACACCAAGUCCUCCCCAGAGUCCUCAGAGUGUCUGCUCAUCCCCCACGGCCACUGUCUCCCCUCCAUGGAGCCAGGCAAGCGAGAGCCCCAGCAUCCAAGAAGAGGAGGGCCCGAGCAGCUCACAGGAUGUGGGAUUCCCUGAGUACUUGCUCCAGGGUGCACCACAGGAGAUGAUGUAUGAUUUGCUUAAUCUCCUGCUCCUCAAGUAUCGAAAGAAGGAGCUGAUCACAAAGGAAGAAAUGCUGAAUGGAGUCCUCAAAAAUUACGAGGACCAAUUCCCUGCCAUCUUCAGCAAAGUCUCUAAGUACAUGGAGAUUGUCUAUGGCAUUGCAGUGAAGGAAGUGGACCCUGCCAGCCACUCCUACAUCCUCAGCACCUCCCUGGGCCUCACCUACGAUGGGAUGCAGAGCGAUGACCAGAGCGUGCCCAAGACCGGCCUCCUGAUUAUCACCCUGGGCUUGGUCUUCAUGGAGGGCGACUGCACCUCUGAGAAGAGCAUGUGGUAUGUGCUGGGUGUGCUGGGGUUGUGUCCUGGGAGGGAGCACCCCAUCUAUGGAGAGCCCAGGAAGCUCAUCACCGAAGAUUGGGUGCAGGAAAACUACCUGGAGUACCGGCAGGUGCCUAACAGUGAUCCUGCGUGCUAUCGGUUCCUGUGGGGCCCACGUGCCCACGCUGAAACCAGCAAGAUGGAAGUUCUGGAGCAUUUGGCCCAGUUCAAUAUUACUUUCCCCAGUUUAUUCCCACACUUGUAUCAGAUGGCUCUGAGAGAUGAGGAAGAAAGCGCCCAGGCCGGAAUUGCCACCACAAAUGGCACUUCUGCCACAGCCAGUACCAGUUCUAGUGGCACACCUUGAAGCUUCUCUAAGCCCAGAUGA